AUGAUUAAAUUUGUUUAUACUAAUCCAUUUUUUAAAAGAUAUAAAUAUAUUUUCACAAGUUUGAAAGCUUUAAAUUUUUCUAAAAUCAAAAGUUUACAAAAAGAAAUCACUGAAAAAAAAAACGUCGAAAAAAAAGGCAUAGAAAACAAAGGCAAAGAAAAAAUAAGCGCGCUAAAAUAUUUUACCAAAUUGGAAAUAUUUUAUUUGUUCUUUAUUCCUUUUGCUUUCGUUUCUAUUUACAUUUUUUUUAUGUGGAAUCUUUUCAAAUAUAUUUGUGGAGUCAAAGAUAUAAAUCAUUUUUUCAAACUUAUUCAAUGGUUAAAUGGAAAGGAAUCGUAUCCAUUUAAUUAUAUCCAUAAUAAAAGAAUCGAAAAAAAACCACAGCCCAUAAUUGUGUCAAUAAAAAAGUUUGCGUAA